AUGGCAUAUUCCGACGUCCUUCUUCCUGGGGAUGAGGUCCCCCAAGAGCAGCUCCCUUCGAAUCCUAAGAAAGCCCUCUCAAUUGGCCCUGGCCUUCGACAUAUUCCUCCCUCUACCAUUUCGGCCACCUCAGUGGGAGCGCUCAAUGUCGACUGGAGACGGAAUGCAGCAUGGAUGGAUGUCAAUGGUGGACGUUAUCUCCCGUCAACCAACGAUCCCAUAAUAGUUCGUGUUACUGGUUCGUCGGGCGAAGCAUUCAACUGCCAGAUCACACCGUAUACGUCCUAUGCUGCUCUACCGCACCUCUCAUUCCAGGAUGCAACGAAAAAGACGCGCCCCCAACUUGCCAAUGGAGCUCUGGUUUAUGCGCGCAUUGCGACCCCCGCCGCUCACUUACUCCAUAUCGACCCGGAACUGACAUGUAUCGAUCCCUCGACCGGAAAAUCGGAAGGGUUAGGACCGUUGAAAGGCGGCAUGUUAUUCAAGAUUAGUCUUGGCAUGGCGAGGCGAUUGCUCAUGACCAGUAAGAGGGCUAAGGAAGAUGCAAAGAUUAUAAUCCUGGAUCGGUUGGGAGAGAAGUGGGGAUUUGAAGUUGCGGUCGGUAGGAAUGGAUAUCUGUGGGUGGACGCGAAUGAUAUUCAAAGGACAAUGGCUGUUGGAAGAGCCAUUACAGAAGUCGAUGAGCAGGGCUUGGUAGUUCAAGAGCAGGAAGCGCUUGCGCAGAAAGUAUUGAAACAAGGCUGA